AGCUUGCUGUCAGCCUGAUUGGACAAAGCUCUGCUUCAGGGUCUGCUACCUGCAGGCUGCUAAUGCAGGUCCCACAACAUAUGCCACCAGGCUUUGAAAGGGAGCUGUGAAGACAGAAGCCCCACACCCCAGACAGAUGGGUGUCUCUGCUCCUCUGAAACACCCCCUGGGAAGACUUGAUUGGAGCAUCUCUCCAGAAUGGGAUGCCUGUGUAUUGUGAGCGGCUUUAUUGCUCAGAGCAUCUGGGUAUGUUGUGAUAAACAGCAUGAUAGAUGAUUUUAACGCUUCUAGAAUGGGUUGCCCAGAGAGAAGGAGCAGAACAGAGAAUACUUACCUCCCUAUUGCUUGGAACAGAGCACAUGAAGCUUCCAUCAGAUUUGUUCUUCUUACUCAUCCUGGUGGUAAUUUCAGCACCAGGAAUCUGAGGAGGACUUAGGUGGUGAUUUACUGGAGGAAGUGAGCUAGAUCGAAUGUUCAUUUAUAUUUUCAGCCAAUAUUCUCUGAGGCUUGGUAAGAGUCACUCUGCUAAGCAUUGGGGAUAGAUGGCAAGAAUGCCAGGCAUAUGUUCUGGGCUCACAGAACUUUGAGCUUAGGCAAAGAGGCAUAUGCCAAUAAAACAAUUGCUGGCAUACAAGCGUAACUACAACGGUGGUAAACGCAGUCAGGAGAAUAUGUUGUUAUGACUACGAGUCUAAUUUCAGUCGAGAAGGUCAGGGAAGGUUUCUCUGAAGAGGCAAUGCUGCUGCGAGCUGCAGGCUGAGUGGGAGGAGUAAGUUCCGGCCAGUGUGUGGGAGACUCUGUGCAAGUGGGGACAUACGAAAGCCAUGUGUCUGGAUGAGGGGAGCAAAGAAUGGAACACGUUGCCGUGUAAUGUCAGAAGUGUCAAUAACGAUGGUGGUAAUAAUAUUAAUUAAUGGUUUCAAGGUUGCGAUGUUCCAGGUACUGUACUAACUGUUUUAUAUGUAUUAACUCAUCUAUUUUUACUGGUGAAUUUAUAAAAUGUUCACUAUUUUUUUUUUGUAGUUCUGAUAAGUAAACUCAGGGAAUUAUGCAGGCUAGGCAAGCACUAUACAAAGUUUACUUUUAAAAAAAAUAUUAGUUCUUCUUAUUUCCAUUUUCUAGGAGAGGAAAUUGAGACACGCAGUAGGUAAGUGUUUUCUCCCAACUGGGAAGGGGCAACAUUUUUUAGGGUCUUAGAGUUCCUUUUAAGGCUUUUGGUAUUAGCUUUAGGGACCAUGAGAAGCUAAUGAGUAUUUUAAGCGGGGAAGAAACAUGGUAGCAUUUGUGUUUUGGGGAAGCUUGGCAGCAGUCACAGACUCCAGGUGAGAGAUGCUAACAGCAUGUGUGUGAGACUUGUAGCCACGGAAGGGAGCAGAUUGGUUUGAAAGGGAGAAUGUGUUUCUAGUAAACAAAGACCUGCUAAAGGACUGGGCAGAGGGAUGGUAUCACAGACUUCAUUCUUGUCAAAUGAGGCAAAUUCUGAGUUCUGCUUGGGAUUUGUGAAGUUUGUGGGAGCCAAUCCCCACUCAAAGGAAAGGACCAGACUCUGAUUCUAGAAGGUUCUUAUGGAGAGGUAGUGAAUGAAGUGGCAGACUGGAUGAGAUUGCUCAAGGAGAGAGUACUUGGAGGAUUCAGAGCCCCUGGGAUAGACACAGCCUAAUGAACUCCAAUGAGUAGUGACCAUAUAGGGGAAGGUCAGCCUACUGAGGGGAUCGCAAAGGAGCAACAGGCAGUAACAGCUAGGAGAAUGUGAUGACAGUCUCUGGAGAGAAUGCACUCAUGGGAGAGGCCAGGUGAUGAGUGCAGUGUGCUCCUGAAGGAUGAAAAUCAUCCAUGAGAUUCAGCAGCAUGGGGAUUGUAUUUGUUUUCAUAGUUGCUACAACACAUUCCUACUCAGUGGCUUGAGACAACGUAUGUGUCUUCUCUCUGCUCUGGAGUCAAGAAGCUUGAAAUCAAGGUGUUGGCAGUACUGUGCUCUCCCGGAAGGCUCCAGGGAGCAGUCUUCCUUGUCUCAUCUUCUCCUGUUUUUUUGACUUGUAGAUGCGUCACUCCAUUCUUUGCCUCCAUCUUCAUGUGGCCUUCUUUCCUGAAUGCCUUUGGGUCUGUAUCAUUUGAUAAGGGCCUUAAUCACAUUGGAUUGGGCCCACCCUAAGAGUCAAAUUAAGUUGAUUAGAUCUAAAGGAAACUUGUUUUCAAAUAAGGUCACAUUCAUGAGUUCUGGAGACAGGACUUGAACAUGUCUUUUUGGAGGACACAGUCACCUCAAAACAGAAGCCAAUGGUAACUUCUUUUCUUUCCCCCAAGACAGGGCUUCUCUGUAUAUCCCUGGCUGCCCUGGAACUUGCUUUGUAGACCAGGAUGCCUGCCUCUGCCUCCUGAAUGCUGGGAUUACAGGUAAAGGCAUGCUUCACCAUGCAAAGCAAAGCCGAUGGUAACUUUGAGAGUUUUUGGUGGAAAAAAAGAAAGAUGACCAGAGAAUGUUAAGAAAGGAUUGAGAGAUGGAAAAUUAUAACCAGAACAGAAAAAGGUAAGUUUUUCCCCCUAGAAAAUUGGCCUCCUGGAUCAUUGGAACACAAACCAAAAUUAGAAAAUAUUUACCAAAGCACCAGCUCCGGCACCUCUGUGUGACCUUGGAGAAGCCAUUUGACCUCUUCAAGCCCUGGCUCCUCACUGGAGCAAUCAUCAUACCCCUUCAGCCCACUUUUGGAGUGAUCUGGAGAUCUUGUGAAUAUCUCAGGAGACAUGGCCCAGAAAGGCUCUGUAGAUCGUGACACAAGAGGUUGUCAUAUGUGAUUCUAGGGAAACUUCCCCAAAUGUGGAUAUAUGGAGACACAGGACUGUGGGAAUCAGGAGGCCCAGGUAGAACACCAGGACUUAGAGCAUUUCCACCCUCCAACGAAGCCUGAAGACUCAGCUGUGGAGUAAGUUCCCUCAAGUACUCUGAGACUUGGUCUCAGGGGGACUGUAUCUGCACAGCUUUUACAAUGAUGUUCCUCUGCAGUUACUCAUAGGUGAUCUCACACUCAAUCUUGGAACCUCUGAUGCAGGUAAAGAAGUUGAAACCUAGAGUUCGUAGCUCUUGAGUACCAGUUAGGGUCUCUGAGAACUGUACCUGCCAGGGUCUCAGGUUUAGCAUUUGUUACCAUGGCAAACCUGUGGUAGCCAAGUCCCAGGAUCAUCUGUAUGCUAUUUUAUCAUAGGGUUGGGACAACUGGCCUGUAGGUAGAAACUGGUUGGAGAGGCUCAGCUGAGCAAACCCAGGGUAGGUGGGAUCCAGGCAAAGACACUGUAGGUGCCAGCCACUAUGGAUGAGAGUCAGGCAAGCAGACAGCUGUGGUGGACUCUGUGAGAAAGGGCAGACUAUCCUCCCAUGAGGAAGAGCCAGUUGGCUGCAGGGGCCCAGAUGUUAGCAAUGAUUAAUUUACUCCUUGUUGGCUUUGUCAGGUGUUGGGGCCAGACACUGGGCUGGUGCUGAGAGGCUGCAGCAGGAGGCUGGGUCCUAGGGUUAUGGGAUGGGACCCUAGGUUUGGCAGGGGUGGGUGGAUGGGGCUCAAAACAGGUAGGGAACUCCCCUCAAAGCAGCUGUAUGCACACGUAAGCUCCUGAGAUCCCUUUCAGUGCAUCUCUCCAUGCAUUCCCUCUGGGGUGGCAAGAGGGGCUGCAUUUCUAAAAUUGGGCUACAGUGUUCCCUAGCAUCUUACACACCCAGUCUUGGAAAGUGAUGUAGGCAAAUGCUCUCGGGUGAUGCCUUUCAUGCUAUAUCAUGAGCCACACUUUGGGUAACAAGACGAAGGAAACUGGAUUGAUCUCAGCGUUUACUCUGAUGGCUUGAAUUGCAGGGGCUGAGGCUACAGUUCCCAGAUUCCCAGCACUGUCUGCAGUGACUGUGCAUCUCUCUGGAGUCCCAUGGUCUCCAGCUGGAACAUCCGUUCUCUUUCUAGACUAGCUUCUGAAGCAGACCAUUUUGACAUGACUCACUUGGUGCCUUUGGCACAGCCAGCAUGCCAUGUCCAACCUAAUAGGCCUAGUGCUGACCUGUCCAUGUCUUGCUUUACUGAUUCUUAAUUCAGACGUUUUCUUUCAAGAUUCACAUUGGGCUCUCCACACUCAUCCAAGCAGCUGUGCUGAGAGGCCAACAGGCAGGGCUUCAGGUCUACUGUCAAGCAGGGUCAUGGGUACACAUGGGAAGAUUUGAGGAGACGGCUGGAAAGAUGCAGCUUUGACAAACUUUUCCGAAUGGAUUAGAAACUCCUAAAACAAAAUUUGGAAUUUCAGCAUGUACCUUGGUAUCUUUCCAAAAUGCAGAUUCGUUUUGGAUUAUUUAUGGAACUAGAUGGUUGCGCACCAUAAUCCUUCUCUUGCCUAAGGCCUCUCGGGGGAGCGAGGACCUGGCACGAGCCCCAGACAAACCGCAGAGGGAAGUGCCUAGGUGAAUUCCGUGAGGCGGGCUGCAGAGUGAGAGCCGAGGCACGCGUGGACCCAGCCAUGUGUUCUAAGGUGUGGAAGGUUGACUUAAAUCCAGGCGACAGUAAUGGGAUCCGGAACUAGGAAAAGUUAUGGCCCAUACAUCUUCAAUUGCAAUUACAGAAGGAAGUUUGCAAAGCUGUGGUGGAGGACUCUCUGAAGAAGGGCAAACAGUCCCCAAGGGGGAGGAGCUGCUUGCUGCAGGAGCGCUGUCGCCAGCAAUUAUUAAUUCACUCCUGCUGGAUCUGUCCUGGAGGCCUCCCGUGCACAAGAACGUGAGGAGUGUUGGCAGCAGGCUGGAGAAGUCCUGCUCCAUCUCAAGGGAGGAAGGCUGUCAUGAUGUGAUCACCAUGUGCCUUUGUACAAGCCCCAAACCAACAAGGGCUUAGUUGGUUAUGAGCUGAAAUCCUCAAAACUAUUGAAAGAACACAUCAGUCUACAGCCAUACCACCUAGAAUGAGUCCAGUCUCUACUGAAAGGAUGGAUCAUACUCCAGCUAGUCAUUUUCCAAUUUCACCGGCUCUGUGGACAGUCAUGGAACCUGCCAGUGCUCCGUUUCCCUGCCAGACACCGCCUUCCCUGCUGACAGGGUGGAGCGCUUGGAGUUCACAGCUCACAUCCUUUCUCAGAAGUUCGAGAAAGAGUUUUCUAAGGUGAAGGAGUAUGUCCAGCUAAUCAGUGUGUAUGAGAAGAAACUCCUGAACUUGACUGUCCGAGUAGAGGUCAUGGAGAAGGACAGUAUUUCUUACACAGAACUAGACUUUGAGCUGAUCAAACUGGAAGUGAAGGAGAUGCAUAAACUGGUCAUACAGCUGAAGGAGAAUUUUGUUGGAAGCACAGAAAUUAUUGACAAGCUGGAAGUGGAGAUAAGGAAUAUGACUCUCCUGGUAGAGAAGCUAGAGACGCUAGACCAAAACAAUGUCCUUAGCAUUCGCCGGCAAAUCUUGGCUCUGAAGACCAAGCUGAAAGAAUGUGAAGCCUCUAAAAGUGAGCUUGUGCCUGCCACGCCCCCUCCUCCUGCUCCUGGAAGCUGUAGUCAUGGUGGUGUGGUGAAUAUCAGCGCUCCCUCCGUGGUUCAGCUUAACUGGCAAGGUUUUAGUUUUAAAUAUGGUGCCUGGGGUCGAGAUUACUCUCCUCAGCAGCCAGAGAGAACCCUGUACUGGGUGGCACCUCUGAAUUCAGAUGGGAGGUAUCUAGAAUAUUACAGACUUUAUAACUCACUGGAUAACCUGUUAAUCUAUUCGCACGCUCGAGAGUAUCGGAUUCGCUAUGGCCAAGGGAGUGGUACAGUAGCAUACAACAGCAACCUGUAUGUGAAUUGGUACAAUGGGAGGAACAUUGCCAAAAUUAACCUGACUACCAAUGUAGUUACUGUGAAUCAACCUCUCCCUAUGGCUGCCUAUAAUAACCGCUUCUCUUAUGCCAAUGUGAAUUGGCAAGACAUUGACUUAGCUGUGGAUGAACAAGCACUGUGGGUGAUUUAUGCAACUGAGGACAGCACUGGCAACAUAGUGAUCAGUAAACUCAACGAUACCUCUCUUGAGGUGCUAAACACAUGGGUUACCAAGCAGUACAAACCAUCUGUUUCUAAUGCCUUCAUGGUAUGUGGAGUUCUUUAUGCUACCCGCACUUUGAACACCAGAACAGAGGAGAUAUUUUACUACUAUGACACAAACACAGGGAGGGAAGGCUCUCUAGCCAUCCCAAUGAGAAAGAUGCAGGAAAGAAUUCAGAGCAUUAAUUAUCAUCCCUUCGACCAAAAACUUUAUGUCUACAAUGAUGGUUAUCUUUUAAAUUAUGACCUUGUCUUCUUACAGGAGCCCAGGCAACCUGUCUAGGUGUUAGGGUGAAGGAGAAAUAAAUGUGGAUUGAAAACAGCCUUCUCCACAUACUUAGACAUCUGCAGGGAAAUCCGGGAGUGUGUUUCUUUAGGAGUGAUGUGUAGUAGAGAUACAGUUCUAUCACAGUAGAGACAUAGUAUAUUUCUCUCAAUUUGAUUUCUUUGGGGAACUAUCAUCCCCUUUGGAUGAAUUUAACAAUGGAAAUAAGUUCCUUCCAGAUGAAGUUCUCAGAGGUUAGGGGUACUAUGAGUCUACUGAAGUUUCCAGUGAGGUGAAAUCUGGAAAUUAAGGAAGUUAAGGGGAACUCAGUAUGAACUCUGGGGAUUCUUUCUCUAGGAAAUUCUCAUAGUGAUCAGUCAUUCGCCAUGUAGCUCAUGGACUUGUCCAUGAAGGAAAGGAAACUGGGGCUUAAUUAGGUAGAUUAGCAUCAGAAGGUGAAUGAGAGGCCAACUGCCUACCUUUGUUUUUCUCACUAGCUCCUAGAACAUACUUUGUGCAUCCUAGAUAGGUAAAUUUGGCAUCUUAAAUGAUGUCUGUUAGACAUUUUGAGUUUUCUGGAGAACGAACCUUUUGUACAUUAAGUUACAUACUGAAAAUCAAUCCUGGAGGGGUUUUCAAAUUAUAUACUUGGCUUUUUCUUUCUCUCAUUCUUCACUUACAUGACUCAGUAGAACCGUCCACCUCAUAAUUCAGUUUCCAAGGCAGCCAUAAUAUUAGAAGUGGACUUAGCAACCAGUUGUCUUUCUCUACUGCUGCUUAUAUGUUUAAGAAAAAAAUUAAUUAGUUUUCUAUGGGACAGAUAUGAGAUAAAAGUUACUUUUGUCUUAUCAUGCAAUUUUGGUUUCCAUAACUUCAUAACUAAAAGAAGUCAGUUGACAGUGGCAAAGUGGUAGCAUUUCCGGUGAGAUGGCAAAGAUCUUGGAGUCAGUGGUACCGCUUGUUUCAUGUAAUUUCUAUCUUUAAGCCUGGAAUUUGUAAGAAAGUGAAAAGUUUAUUCUAGAAAAUGAUAUAGAGAAACUCCUUGAGGUAUCUGGUUAGCCAGUGUAGUGAUGGAGAGCCUGGUGGGUGCAGAUGUUCCAGUUACUUCAGAUGGCUCCAUCAUAUGGUCUUAGAUGUUUUCCACUGAUGUUCAAAUCCUAAUUUUUAAAUGCUGUACUCGUAUUUUUUAAAUAAAUGAUUAAAGUGUGC